AUGGACAUUUUUUGCAGAUCAUGUCUAGUAUCACGACUUGGAGAACUACUACAGAAGAAAGCUGGUGAAAGAACCGAUAGUGUUUGGCCCGACAAACAUCGACAUGUGCCUUGGGUAGUAAUCAACGACAUCUCGAUAGAAAGCGAGCAGAUGAUGAUGGAUCACCUCUCAUAUCUAAUUUGCACAUGGUACACAGGCGAUAAGGAGAUUCCAUACUGCCAAAGGGAGGAGAAGAAGAAAUACAAGAUGUGGUCAUUGAAUGUGUAAUU